UUUAUUUAGAUUAUCUCCACCGCCCACCCCCUCCUCUCCGUCUCCUUCUUACUACUUGCAAAAAACCUCUCUAAUGAGAUAAUGUAAUUGGCUUUUGUUGUAGAAAUCUGCAAGUGUGCAACUUUUAACGGCCUUUUCGCUUGGGAACUACCAGUACUAUGGCAACUCUCCAAUCAUCGGGUACGUUUGGGCCGAGGCGAUAUACUUUUGAAGAGUUAGCAGAGGCAGCUCAUAAUUUCUCCAACAGGUAUCUCCUUGGCGAGGGUGGCUUUGGUCAAGUUUAUCAGGGAUUCCUACAUGGUCAAACCUUUGCUAUUAAGAAACUUAGUUAUCUUCCGGAUCAACAGAAGAAAAAAAAAUUGGAGCACGAGAUCAGCGUCAUUAGCAGUAUCAGUCACCGAAAUCUUGUCAAGCUGGUUGGUUACUGCUUUGAAGAACAGAAUGCAUUGCUUGUUUUAGAGUAUUUUCCCAAUAAGUCCUUGAAAGUUAGUUUACAUGAAAGGAAGAUCUUGGAUUGGCCAAAAAGAAUGAAAAUCGCUAUAGGCUCUGCUAAAGGAUUGGAAUAUCUACAUGAAAACUGUAAGCCGAGAAUCAUACACCAAGAUAUCAAAUCAGAUAAUAUUCUUAUUGACGAAGACUUUGAACCAAAGGUUGCAGAUUUUGGACUUGCUGAGUUCUUUCCGGAUGCCGUUUCUCAGCUCUCCACCACAUCGAUCAAGGGAACUAAAGAUUAUAUAGAUCCAGAGCAUCCAGGAAAGUUAUCCGUUAAAUUGGAUGUUUAUUCCUUUGGUGUGGUGCUUUUAGAGCUAAUCACAGGAAGAAAAUCUACACAUGAAGACAUUGAUUGCGUAAAAUCUACACAUGAAGACGUUCACAUCGUUGAGAUUCACAUCGUUGAUUGGGCAAAGUCUCGAAUUAUAAAAGCUUUGAAGGGAGAAUAUAUGAAUUUUGUUGAUUCUAAUUUGCAAAAGUAUAAUAGAAGAGAAAUGCAACGAAUGAUCUUUUGUGCCGCAUCUUGUGUGUAUAAACCUUUAUAUUGUCGACCAACAAUAAAAAAGAUAGUUCGAGCUCUUGAAGAAGAUAAAUGGGACAUUCUUCUUAAAGAUAUAUGGAAUGACAAUGACUACAACUUCCUCAAUAACCCUAACGUCGAACUUCCCCAGACUACGGUGCCGAAGCUUCCUAACAAUGUCGUUGAACCCAGGAGAAAACCAACCAUGGAAACUAGCACCACUGGAGAAACUUCAUCCAGUGGAAGUGUUAAAGUUUAUAAGCCAAGGAGUUUUACUUAUAGAGAACUAGCAAAGGCAACUGCAGGUUUCUCCGAGACCAAUAUACUUGGCGAGGGUGUUUUUGGUGUAGUUUAUAAGGGACUCCUACCUAGAGAAGUCAUUGUUGCCAUUAAAAAACUUAAAGACCUUCCGAAUAAACAGCCGAAAGAAGAAUUUGAGAAGAAGAUUAAGGAUAUUAGCAGUGUGAAUCACUCAAAUAUUGUUAACCCGAUGGGGUACUGCAUUGACAAAAAUCUCAAUAGAUUGCUUGUUUUAGAGUAUGUUCCCAGCAGUAACUCCUUGAAAUAUCAUUUACAUAGAACAGAGACACUGGACUGGCCCAAAAGAAUGAAAAUCGCCAUUGGUUCUGCAAAAGGAUUGAAAUAUCUACAUGAAGGUAAAAUCAUACAUGGAGAUAUGAAGACAAAUAAUAUUAUACUUGAUAACAAUUUUGACCCGAAGGUUACAAAUUUUGGACUUAUCAUGUUUUUCCAGCCUGAGAGAACUGAUGUUUAUGCAGACAUACAGAAUAAUAAGAAAGCGUCUGAAAAAUCAGAUAUCUAUGCCUUUGGUGUGGUACUUUUAGAGCUGAUUACUGGUAGAAAUAUUAAUGAGAAAGGCGGUAAUAUUAUUAAUUGGGCAAGGAUUCGAAUUCGACCAGCUAUGAAUGGGCAACGCACAGAUCUUUUUGAUUUAAAAUUGCAAACUUAUGAUGAAUCACAAAUGAAGCAAAUGAUUUAUUGUGCUGCUGCUUGUGUGUAUAAACCUUUAAACCUUCGCCCACAAAUGAAGAAGAUAGUUGAAGCUCUUGAAGGACAUAUUCCUCCAAAGAAUAUAUGGGAUGAGAAUGACAACAAAUUCCUACACAGUUAGGGUUGAAUUUCAAUUUUUCAAAGUACUUGUUUCCCAAACGAACCUUUUUAUUGGACAUUUGAAUGUAAAAAUGAAUUUUUAUAGUUGUUUUUAAGAUAUUAGAAGAAAUUAUUUAUGUGAUAUGUCACAAUGAAUAAUGUUAUUAGAUUAUAUUUAAUUUGUAUUGUUGCAA